AUGGGGCCCUCUCAGCUUGUCCGUGCCCCUAGGCCUCGGGGCAUGAGUUCCCCAUACAGAAGGCCAGGUAUGGGUGGGUCCCGGCGCAAGUGUUCCAGGAUGUUCAAGUAUAGCCGCAGAACAUACCGGCAGAAACCCCGAGGCCUAGCUACCACCCAUCUUGCCACUAUGGCCACAAACAUCAAUGACACCAACAACGCUGCUUCCACCAGUGUGUGGAUCCUCUCACCUCAAGUACUCAGACACCUCUGUCAACCUGGGGGCUUUCUGAUCCUCUAG